AUGGCUAGUGCUUGGCGGAGGUAUUAUACGUUGCUGCAUGUCUUCCAUUUGUCGGUGCUUUUGUGGAUGUCCCUCUACUUCAGUUUAUGGUACCGGUCUCUGAAAGAGCAGGAUGUCACUGGCAACCCCAACACGCUGACGGCCAGGUGGCUGCCGCAGUUGUCGCAGAAGAUCUAUGAUAUAUUAGAGUUGAUGAUGUAUUUAUUAACGGCUUUGGGAUGGCAGACCUCACGACCGAGAUUGAACAGAACGGAGGUUAGAUUUGCUGGAGUCAUUUCCACCGUGUCGAUGUAUCUCGGAUUCUUCGAAAUUACUUGCACGUCCGAGCAAGUCUGUGCGGGUUACCGACUCUCUCGACUCAUCCUUCAUUCACUCGCUUACCUUUGCAUCAUAGUAGCCGUCAACUUCCAUCUAGCGGUCAUCAACAAUCAGAUUCGAGAGGCUGGUAUUAGUCUGGACACAGGAAGGAUGUAUCAGCGGUUUUACGCGUACUCUGCUUUUAGGGUUGCAUUUCUGCUGUUCAUAAUUCAACCAACGGUUAUGUUGUUCAUCCAGAUGUCCGUAUUCAGUUGGUACGAGGAAUGGGCCGUCACUCUUAUUUAUUGGCUCAUCAAGUGGCUCCUGCUACUGGCAGUAGCUUGGAGCUUCAAGCCUAGACCGAAGAAUUUGAAGUUAUUCAACAUUGCGGUGGCUGACCAGCGAAGGGAGUUCGAGGAAGACGAUGAGCAACAACAACGCGAUCGAGGCGGGGAAGCCUGGUCGAUUGGAGAUUCUCUUGUCGGAUGUGGGAUGAGGGCGAACGAGGAUAUGUUUUGUAGUGCUGAUGGGCGGGCGCGGCAGGCUAUGCAGAGGAGCUUGUGUGCGCUGCAGAUUGUUAAAAGUGAUAACGGUCUCCAUCGAAUUACUGAGAGAUUGUAUGUGAGCUCAGUGAGUGGAGCGAUGAAUUUGAAGGAAUUGAGGCAGCAUAGAAUCUCCCACAUAUUGUGCGUGGCGAGCGGCAUCAGACCGCUUUAUCCGGAUUGUUUCACGUACAAGUGCGCUGAUCUUCUGGACGCUGAUACGGAGAGCCUUCUUGAUAUUCUGCCAAGUUGCUUGUCGUGGAUGAUAUGUGCGCAGCGCGAAGAUUCCGAGAAUAGGAUACUUGUUCAUUGUUUUGCAGGGAAGUCGAGAUCGGUCGGAGUGUUGUUGGCAUAUUUGGUGCUGACGUUGAAGAUUCCAUUACGACUGGCGUUCGCACAUCUCCGUCGAAUGAGGCCACAGUGUAGUCCCAAUGGCGGGUUUAUGGAGCAAUUGGGGGCUUUUGAAAAGGAGGUUUUGAAGGCAGAUGGGUUGACAUCGCAGGCUGAAGGGGAGGAGCUGAGGGAAGCGUUGGAGUUGAUAGUGGUAAAGGCGAAGAAGCGGUUGAGUGAGUACAUGUUUCGUAUCUUUUUUGGUUGA